CUGGGCGGGGGGCGGAGCCAGAGGCUGGCCGAGCCCCGCCCGGCCCCAGGGCGCUCCUCCCCCUGCUCCUGUCGGCGGGGCGGACGGCGGGCGGGAGGGGGAAUGUCAUUGCCUCUCCGGGCCGCGGUGCCGCCUCCGACUGCCGCUCUCCCUCCUCGGGCGCCCUCGUCCCGCCGGCUCUCGCCGCCGCGCCGGGCAUACGGAUGGCUAGUGGGGCGCGGGGGCCAUCCGGGUCGAGCGCGCGGCGGUCGCGGCCGCAGCUGAGGCGGAGACUCCUCGCCGCCGCCUCCACCCCCCGUCCCCCGGCCUCGCGGCGCUGAGGGCGGGAGCGCGCAGAGCGCUUCCCUCCGCCUCUUUUUUUUUUUUUUUUUUCUUCCUCCUCCUCCUCCUCCUCCUCCUCUCCUCCUCCUCGGGUCCCCGCCCAGCAGCCCUCGCACCAGGCGGCGGCGGCGGCAGCGGCGGCAGCGGCGGCGGCGGCCAGCGAGACCCGCCGCCGGGGCACAACAUGGCGGAGCCCUCGGCCCCGGAGAGCAAGCACAAGUCGUCCCUCAACUCGUCCCCGUGGAGCGGCCUCAUGGCCCUGGGGAACAGCCGGCAGGGCCCCCACGGGCCCGGGGCCCAGUGCGCGCACAAGGCGGCGGGCGGCGCGGCGCCCGCGAAGCCGGCCCCCGCGGGGCUGUCCGGGGGGCUGUCGCAGCCGGCCGGCUGGCAGUCGCUGCUGUCGUUCACCAUCCUCUUCCUGGCCUGGCUGGCCGGCUUCAGCUCGCGCCUCUUCGCCGUCAUCCGCUUCGAGAGCAUCAUCCACGAGUUCGACCCGUGGUUUAACUAUAGAUCAACACAUCAUCUUGCAUCUCAUGGGUUCUAUGAAUUUUUAAAUUGGUUUGAUGAAAGAGCAUGGUAUCCACUAGGAAGAAUAGUAGGUGGUACUGUGUAUCCAGGGUUAAUGAUAACUGCUGGCCUUAUCCAUUGGAUUUUAAAUACAUUGAACAUAACAGUUCACAUAAGAGAUGUAUGUGUGUUCCUUGCACCAACUUUUAGCGGCCUUACGUCUAUAUCUACUUUCCUGCUCACCAGAGAGCUUUGGAACCAGGGAGCAGGACUUCUGGCUGCCUGCUUCAUUGCAAUAGUGCCGGGCUAUAUAUCUCGGUCAGUAGCUGGGUCCUUUGAUAACGAAGGCAUUGCCAUUUUUGCACUUCAGUUCACAUACUACUUGUGGGUAAAAUCUGUAAAAACUGGUUCAGUUUUUUGGACAAUGUGCUGCUGUUUAUCCUAUUUCUAUAUGGUCUCUGCUUGGGGUGGUUAUGUGUUUAUCAUCAACCUUAUUCCACUGCAUGUAUUUGUAUUAUUACUAAUGCAGAGAUACAGCAAAAGGGUCUACAUAGCAUAUAGCACCUUCUACAUUGUGGGUUUAAUAUUAUCCAUGCAAAUACCUUUUGUGGGAUUCCAGCCAAUCAGAACAAGUGAACACAUGGCAGCUGCAGGUGUCUUUGCUUUGCUACAAGCUUAUGCUUUCUUGCAAUAUCUGAGAGACAGAUUAACAAAACAAGAAUUCCAGACUCUCUUCUUUUUGGGUGUAUCGCUGGCUGCUGGUGCUGUGUUCCUUAGUGUCAUCUAUCUGACAUAUACAGGUUACAUUGCACCAUGGAGUGGAAGGUUUUAUUCUUUGUGGGACACUGGGUAUGCAAAAAUACACAUUCCAAUUAUUGCAUCAGUGUCUGAGCAUCAGCCUACGACUUGGGUGUCUUUCUUCUUUGAUCUACAUAUUCUUGUAUGUACCUUCCCAGCAGGCCUGUGGUUCUGCAUCAAAAAUAUCAACGACGAAAGAGUAUUUGUUGCUCUGUAUGCGAUCAGCGCUGUCUACUUUGCUGGAGUGAUGGUGCGACUGAUGUUGACUUUGACUCCAGUUGUCUGUAUGCUGUCUGCAAUUGCCUUCUCAAAUGUUUUUGAGCACUAUUUGGGGGAUGACUUGAAAAGGGAAAAUCCACCUGUGGAAGACAGCAGUGACGAGGAUGACAAAAGAAAUCCAGGAAAUUUGUAUGAUAAGGCAGGUAAAGUGAGGAAACACGUAACUGAACAGGAGAAAACUGAAGAGGGAUUAGGUCCUAACAUAAAAAGCAUUGUCACCAUGUUGAUGCUGAUGUUACUGAUGAUGUUUGCAGUCCACUGUACCUGGGUCACAAGCAACGCCUACUCUAGUCCAAGUGUGGUCCUCGCCUCUUACAAUCAUGAUGGCACGAGGAAUAUCUUAGAUGAUUUUAGAGAAGCUUACUUUUGGCUGAGACAAAAUACAGAUGAACAUGCGCGGGUGAUGUCUUGGUGGGAUUAUGGCUAUCAGAUAGCUGGAAUGGCUAACAGAACUACUUUGGUGGAUAAUAACACCUGGAAUAACAGUCACAUAGCACUGGUGGGAAAAGCUAUGUCUUCUAAUGAAACAGCAGCCUAUAAGAUAAUGAGGACUCUGGAUGUAGACUAUGUUUUGGUUAUUUUUGGAGGGGUUAUUGGCUAUUCUGGUGAUGAUAUCAACAAGUUUCUCUGGAUGGUUAGGAUAGCUGAAGGGGAACAUCCAAAAGACAUUCGGGAAAGUGACUAUUUCACCCCACAGGGAGAAUUCCGGGUAGACAAAGCAGGAUCCCCCACUCUGUUGAAUUGCCUUAUGUAUAAAAUGUCAUACUACAGAUUUGGAGAAAUGCAGCUGGACUUUCGUACACCCCCAGGUUUUGACCGAACACGUAAUGCUGAGAUUGGGAACAAGGACAUUAAAUUCAAACACUUAGAAGAAGCCUUUACAUCAGAACACUGGCUUGUCAGGAUAUAUAAAGUGAAAGCUCCUGAUAACAGGGAAACGCUGGAUCACAAACCUCGAGUCACCAACAUCUUCCCAAAACAGAAGUAUUUGUCAAAGAAGACUACCAAAAGGAAGCGUGGCUACAUUAAAAAUAAGCUAGUUUUUAAAAAAGGCAAGAAAAUAUCUAAGAAGACUGUUUAAACACAAUGUUCUGGUUCCUGACUUGAAGCAGUUGUCCUUGUGAGAACCGGUCUUUGCCUUUUGCUCAUGUCGUGUUUCACAGCAACAGAGGGUACAGAACCAUCACUGGUCCAGGUUAAUGUACAAAAUUUUCUGGCAAUGCCUGAUUUAAGAAAUAAAAUUGGCUUAUUGAGAACAGCUGUUGUCAAUUUGUAGUGUGAAGCAAGACAGAGCACUGCUGCACACGUCUGGCAGCAGAUUUUUUUAUUGGUACAUAUUAUCCUUCAAACCUGAGAAUUUGGACUAACUGCACCAAAGAGCCCUCCGAUCUGGUCCCUGGCACAUGCGUACUUGUCAGUGUUUUUCCUUCUUCUACAAGACCUGGAUUUAUUUGAAUUACCCAAAUAGCAAUAUGUAAAAUACAGAUGAUAAAAUGUGAUGAGAGCUUGCUGAACCAGUAAAGUAGUACAUGUAUGAGGAAGAGGCAUUAGAAAAGUAAUUACACUUCUUUGAACUAUAUUUAUUUUCAUGUUUCUCCAGUGCAAAGAAUGUUUCAUCAAAUGUACAUGUUCUAUUACUGUGUGCUCUUUGAAAGGUGGGCCUCUGAGUAGCUAUUUGAUUCCAGUAGUUUAUGUUGAUGCAUUAUUACAGCUGUUAGCGUAUGUUUUCACCAGGUACGUGCAGAGCAGAUUGCGUACAUUAUUGUUCAUUCAAGGGCUAAAUUUAUAUCCUUUGGAAAUCAUGGCGACUGCACAGAAUGUUGCUUACCAAGAUGAAGUUUAGCAGUUUGUACGGAGAUUAGCACUAUGUUUACAUGCAAGAUUUAGGCAGACACCUUUCGGGUGGAAAGGUAUCCAAAGUUCAUCUUCUGUGACGCUAUAGAAUGACAAAGGAUUUGUAAACUUUGCCUGGAUUUUUUUUUCAUCUUAUAGGAGUUCCAUCCAUUACAGUGAUUUUGUUCUCUGCUCCAUAUUUUUUAAUACCUUUACCAUUUGAUGAAACACUCUUUAGUGCUAUAUGCAUUUUCUUACUUUUAUUAAGUAUGACAGUUGUCAAAAAAUGCACUAAAAUAUAAAUGGAGAUUGAACAUGUUCACUUUCCAGCUUAUAGGCAACUUUAUACAGACUUGAAAAAUUUCUCCAGUUGUUUAGUGAAAGAGAAAAGGUUUUCCUGCCACAGGAUAUAACUUUUUAUAUAUAUAUAUAUAUAUAACAAGCAUAACACACCACUGCUUUUGGUGGAGAAGUGCAGAAUAGUAUGUACCUUUUAUGAAGAAAACUGUAAUUUACAAUGUUCAGUGAGAAUGUUACUGCUGAUUUUCUUUUUCAAGGUGUAGAAUAUUCUUUGAUUUAUAGAAUUCCUUUUUUGACCCAGAUGAUGGUUCUUUUACAGACCAAUAAAAUGGCUGAACAUUUUCACAAAUAAAGUGUAACUAAAUCUGGAUUUCUGAUACCUUGACAUUUGGGGGAUUUUAUUUUACUUUGUUGCUUUAAAAUUCAAAUGCAGAGAAGUUGUUGACUGUAGGGGAAAUAAAAUUAAUUCAAAUUUUGUGUUAA